AUGCUUGUACAUGCCUCCUGGAAGCUUUUGAGCUGGCUCCAGAUCCUGGAAGGAAAAAGUAAUGCUCUGGUGAAUAAUGCAGGACAGCCAAAGUCUGCGCGUGGAUCCCCCUGCAUCCUGGGGAUGGAAACGAGGUGUAGGAUGCAGCCUUUUGAUCAGAUGCCACAUAAAUAUACAGCAGAUUUUGUCUUUGGUGAGAACAUGGAAAACAGAGUCGUGAGUCCCAAGAGGCCGACACCAUUUCAGACUAGCGUGCUGCCGUGCAGGCGGGAAUCCACGUCAACUAGAUUAUCAUAUAACAGAAACUGGCCUUAUCAGAAGCACAAACUUCAUAGGAGCCUUGAAGAAUCAGCUGCAGCAUACACCUCCAGGCCAAGAAUGAAGUAUGAACUGAACCAAGUGGAGGUUGUCACAGGAGAAGAGUCGGAGCGCAAUGUGCUACAGAUUAGCUGCAAGCUCUUUGUGUUUACCAAAGAAAACCAAGUGUGGACAGAAAGGGGAAGGGGCUACCUUAGGCUCAAUGACACCGCUUCCAGUGAAAAUGGACCAUUCCUAUCUCGCAUAGUGAUGAGAAAUCAUGGCAAUCUAAAGCUGAUCCUGAACAGUAAAAUCUUUCAUGAGAUGAAGCUGGAGAGGGCGGGCAGAAGGAGUCUGCAAAUCAUGGCCACUGACCUCCGUGACAACAGCAUCAAAAUAUUCCUUGUCCAGGCAAGUGUGAAAGAUGCCGGACGCCUUUAUGCUGCAAUCCAUCAUCGGCUCGUCGCAAUGAAAAACUUCCGGGCCCAGCAGGAGCAGAAAACACCCAACACCGAGGAAGAGAACUGCUUACAUCCCCAGCUUCUCAAUAGUGACUCUGAGGACGAGGAGGAUGAUGAAAUGAUGCUCUACCCUAGCAAGAUGUCUGAUCAUCUCCAGUUGAUCCGUCAGCGGCCCGUCCUGUACUCCUGACAUUUGCUUUCCGUUCCAACCUCUCAGAGUCGCGCGUCGUAGUACAACAUCAUCGGCAAGAACGCCAACAUCAAACUGGAAUCUGAGAGCGAAAGAGAAUUCUGUCGGGAAAAUCACGAUCUAUUGAACAGUACUACACGUACAAGGACUGCUGAAAUCGCAGACAGAUAGACUUGUAUACUGGGAAUUCAGUAUCGACUAAAGACUAAUUUGACGAGAUAAAUUAUUGGGACACUUUAACGUAUAUAUGUAUACCUCAAGAAUGAUAACUGAGUGCACCUUAAUAUAUAGCCAAAGGAUCUUGAGACAAACAUUCCCAGUAUCCUCUUAUCCCCCUCCCCCCCUCCCUUGCUAUUUAAUCUUCAUUCAUUUGGAGCUCCUUGAUCAUGCAUCAUAGCAGCAAGUCAAAGUGUGUAUGGGUGUAAAUCCCC